CGUUUCUAUAUAAACUCAAUUCCGCCGCACAGCGUGCGUAGCUCAGGUGAGGUAUAUAUAGAGUGAUCGAUAUGUCUGCCUCCGUUGAUCCUCUGGUGGUGGGGCGCGUCAUCGGCGAUGUGGUCGACAUGUUUGUCCCCACCGUGACCAUGUCCGUGUACUUUGGUGCCAAGCAUGUUACUAACGGCUGCGACAUCAAGCCCUCCAUGGCCGUUAACCCUCCCAAAAUCACUCUCGGCGGCAACGCCCAUGAACUCUACACCCUGGUCAUGACUGACCCAGAUGCACCCAGUCCCAGCGAACCAAGCAUGCGCGAGUGGAUUCACUGGAUCGUGGUUGAUAUACCUGGCGGAACUAAUCCAAAUAAAGGGAAGGAGAUUCUGCCGUACGUGGGGCCUCGACCGCCGGUGGGGAUCCAUCGCUACAUAAUGGUGCUGUUCAGGCAAAAGCAGGCGCUGGGGCUGGUGGACCAGCCGGCAUCGCGGGUCGGCUUCAACACUCGCUUCUUUGCCAGGCAAUUGGAACUGGGCCUCCCUGUGGCCACCGUCUACUUCAACUCUCAGAAGGAGCCUGCCAACAGGAGGCGCUGAUCAUCUCUUCCAGCGGAAUGCGGCACUAGCUUUAUAUAGUUUGCGAACAAAAAUAAUGGAGCAAGGAUGGAUGCAUAAUUAUGUAUAUAGCUAUAAUUGGAGUUUAUCAUAAUAGUUUCGGACACAAAGCUGAGGUGGUCUCUGUGUUGGUCAAGUUUCCUGACCUCUCUCUUUCUCACGGUUAAUGAAUGGUCAAGACAUGAUAAAGGAGGAAGAGGAACAUCCAGGAGCUCAGCCAAGCAGACCACCACAUCGAUCUCUUGGUUUUCUUUUUCCCCCCUCCCUGUACAUGCAACUGCCUUGCUUAUGCCAUAUAAAGUGACUCCUUAUGUAUAUCUAUCUUUCUAUGUAUGUGUAUUAUAGCUAUAGCAAGUUGGUUUCUA